ACAAAAAAAAAAAAAAAAAAAAAAAAAAAUACCCGACGCAUCGGAGAAGAGAAGAACUCGAAUCAACUCCGAAAAUUUUGAGCUGGAGGGUGUCGAGCAAGUUUCUCUAUACGCAAAGAUAUCGGGGAAAGGAAGAGGAGGAACUGGAAAACACUGGAAAGAGGUGUGUUUUCUGGGAUCUGUGUCAUGAGCAGAAGAUUCAUUGCAAAGUGGGAAAGAUCUUCUUCUAAUGUGAACUUUGCAACAAAAAGUAUAAAUCUGUGAUGGAGUUUGAAGAUGCCACUUGAGCUCAUACCAUCACAAUACAACCAUAUGAAGGGGGAGCAGCAGUGUCCGGAGAGAGGUAGAUGGCUAAUGAAAUGCGCUCAAAUAAAUAGUCUAUCGCUUAUGUUCCUUAAAUGUUAGUAGUAUUUGCCAAUUGUCAUGCAUUUGAUGCGGAUUUAAGCUCUGUUUACUUCUUUACCCGUCUAGGGCCGAAGCAAAAUGAUUCAAAAGAUCCAAAACUUGGAUAGUUCAAUCGGUAAAAUGGAUGUUUAACGUCUUUUGAACAUUGGGUUCGACCUUCAAGUUUGGAGACUAUACCUUUUAGUCUCUAGGAUCACUUUCUCUCUCAAACUCUAAAGGACAGAACUUUAUGAUCAUUUCUUGGGUUUAGUUUCACAAAAAAAAAAACUCACGACCACAAAAAAAAAACAACAUAAAAAACCUGUUGUAAGGAUGUCAGAUACAAUCACGAACCCUCUUUGCUCAUCUUUAACACGUGCGCGAGCGUUUCUCUCUGUUGUUAGGUGAGACCACCCUCCUACCUUCCUCGACCCUGACGUGAUACGCACGUGACUUUACUACACGACAAAAGAUCCCCCGCCCCUCGUCGUCGCAGCAGCCCACUUCCCCCAACUUGUCUCCAUCCCCUUUUAUAAUAAUGGAGUCUCCUCUCAUUCCUCCCCUCUUUUCCAUUUUCCAUCUCUCAGGGAUUUUCAAACUUGGGAUCCGUCUUCGUCGUCGUCCAUGGCGUCUCUUUCGUCUCCGCCCGACGAAGCCGCCUAUCGUAACUGCCAUCCCAAGAGGCUCUCGUCUAAUGGCGCCAUCGAACCCACCUCCGAUUUCUUCAAGCGACCCAAAAUUUGCCCUCGGUCCUCCAAUUUCAACUCUCCCAUCGAAAUCGAAUCCGAGUUCUCGCACCACGAUUCAUCCUCCGCGCGAAUCAACAACGGAAGCUUCGGAUGUUGCCCGGCUUCCAUUCUCGUGCUCCAGAGGGAGUGGCAGCUCCGGUUCCUCCGGCAGCCCGAUCGGUUCUACUUCGACGAUCUUAAGCCCAAAAUCGCCGAAUCCAGGGCUGUGAUCAGGCGCCUCAUCAACGCCGACCAAGUCGACGAGAUCUCCCUCGUCGAUAACGCCACCACCGCUGCCGCAAUCGUGCUUCAGCAGACCGCCUGGGCCUUCCGCGAGGGACGGUUCCAGAGAGGGGACGCCGUGGUCAUGCUCCACUACGCCUACGGCUCUGUCAAGAAGUCUGUUGAGGCUUACGUUACACGCGCCGGUGGUCACGUCAUCGAGGUACAACUGCCUUUCCCUGUCGAGUCGACGGACGAAAUCGUGGGUCGGUUUAGGAACGCUCUAGAGACAGGGAAAGCCAAUGGUAAGAGGGUUAGGUUAGCUCUGAUCGAUCAUGUGACCUCAAUGCCUAGCGUCGUGAUCCCCAUCAAAGAACUUGUGAAAAUCUGCAGAGAAGAAGGUGUUGACCAGGUGUUCGUGGAUGCUGCUCAUGGAAUUGGGUGCGUUGACGUUGACGUGAAAGAGAUUGGUGCCGAUUUCUACACGAGCAAUCUCCACAAGUGGUUUUUCGCGCCACCUUCUGUGGCGUUCUUGUACUGUAAGAAAUCAGACAGUGCUUCUCCCGAUUUGCAUCACCCUGUUGUGUCGAGUGAGUACGGAAACGGGUUGGCCAUAGAGAGCUCAUGGGUGGGAACUAGGGAUUACAGCGCUCAGUUAGUUGUUCCUUCGAUCUUGGAGUUUGUAAACAGAUUCGAAGGUGGGAUCGAUGGCAUAAAGAAGAGGAACCAUGACGCUGUGGUCGAGAUGGGUCAGAUGCUUGCUAAAGCUUGGGGAACGCAGCUGGGUUGCCCGCCCGAGAUGUGCGCGAGUAUGAUCAUGGUCGGUUUGCCUCCCUGCUUGGGGGUCUCUAGUGAUUCAGAUGCUUUGAAAUUGAGAACUCUUUUGAGAGAAAGGUUCAGGAUCGAAGUCCCGAUCUACUUCCGCCCACCUAAGGACGGAGAAAUUGAUCCGAUCACGAGCUAUGCCCGGAUUUCUCAUCAGAUUUACAACAAACCCGAUGAUUACUACCGGUUCCGGGAUGCUGUGAACGAACUUGUGAAUGACGGGUUUAGAUGCACGUCUCUACCGGAUUGAAGCCGGUAUCCUCCUGGUCCUGACCUUGUAGUAAUGGUUUAAGUGCAUUGUCCCAAAGAAUAAACGUCCAAUGUUUCUACAUUGCCAAGUUAAUAAGCUGAUGGUUCUGAAUAUUAACAGUUUCACAUUUGGAUCAUACUCGAUGUUCGCAGGAGACAAGACAUGAGUGCCGGGUCGAAUAAAACAUCUCAGGUGGUCAUAUGGUUUAGGUACCAUGGCGAUGGAUAUGAAAUAAGGAUUGUAUCUGAGUUUAGUUUUGUUGUUUCUGUUAAUCCCCACUUUCUAACUAACAUGAUAUAAUGUAUUUAUGAAUGAAUAUUUUUGUAUCUAUUUUCUGUUUCAAAUAACUAGGAUUUGACUUUUGGGGUUUCGGCUAAAUCUCGAAUUGGCUAUUUUUGGAUUACAUGGGUUUUGUAUAAAAAUAUUUUCAUUCAA